AUGUCCGUUGUCCCCUCCCCUGUGACUGUAAGUGAGGCAAAAUAUACAAUCGGUACAAGAAAACUCACAAUAUUAGAAAAACUCGGUUUAUUGACAAUCCCAAACCGGAUACAGUUCAGAUAUAUCCGCAAUACAGCACAAGACAUUCGCAAUGUUUUGUCUAAGGAAUAUCCCGAAAUACCAGUGUCUAAGACUCAUGCACCAAGCCCAGCAGCUAGGGGUUCCUUUGACCAGGCGGUCGUUGAUGUCCUGAGAGCCAGACAAGAAAGUAUAAGGAAGGAAGUUGUUGCCCGAAAUGGUUUAACAGCUAGCGUCAUUCUUGGUUUCACAGCUUCGGGUCUAGCUACUAGACAUUAUGAUUUGAAGACCAAACUUAUAGUAGUACCAGUCGUUACUUAUAUGGCAUCAUGGGUUGGCAGGGCUGCUGGUGAUUUGUUUGCAGGUAGAUGGUCUGAAAAUGCCAGGGAUAGAUUUCUCGGCAGCCUGCCAGCUUAUAUACACAAAUAA